AUGGAUAUCGAUUAUACCCCGGAUAUAAGUAAAUUCAUUGAUCAACAAUUUAAUCGUGUCCUACAAAAGUUUAAAAUUAAUGAACUAUUAACAACUUCCAAUUAUAGUACAUUACGUCAAAGAGUAAUAGAUAUUCCUUAUCAAGAAAAAGUACCAAUUGAUUAUACUAAAACAAUGUUCGUUCAUUUCACUUAUUGUGCAAAUAUGCGAACAUUUCCAGAAAAAUUCCAUGUACUUUGGAUUCAGUACUUUGGUGAAUCUCCAAUUAAUGAGAUUCUCCCAAUACUUGUUACUCACAAUUUUGACAAUUUACAACGGUGUCUAGUUCAUACUCGACAAUCUCAAUUACCGUUCGGCUAA